GUUGAAGUUCACAGAACAUAUCCAGACAUCUUCCAAACACGUACGAUUGAGGUAUUGUGACAACAUGGCCGAUACAUCACAAACCACCGAGCCAUCAUCCAGCACCAGCGUUAAUCAACCAUCGUCAACAGCUUCAUCACCACUACUAUCGGCACAACCCACAUGCGCAACAUGCAUUAAGACGCCCGAUUCACUCAAAGAAUGCAUCAAAUGCCACAGCGUGUCUUACUGCAACAAAGACUGCCAGAAGGCGCAUUUCAAGGUACACAAGAAGGUGUGUGCAGGACUUGCACAAGAGUACAGUAAGCACAAUGAACCAAAGAUGGCGCGGUCGACGGUGAGCACGAAGGCAGCGAGGGAUCGAGGGCUGCAAAAGUGGCAGUUCGAUACGUGAGGGGAGCAAGCGAGCGAAGUGAGUUGAUGGGAGGAGCGACAGGCUAUGCCAAAGAUGCAUCCGAAGGCGUUCUACAUACAGUAAGAUGGGCUACUUCUCCUCUAUAUAAUGCAUCGCUUGAAUUCACAUGUUGCAAGUUGAAGCUUGAGUUGAAUUUCCGAGACUGGGCCGAGCGCCUGUUCCAUGCCUGUGGGAUAUUAGGGAAUGCGAGUGUUUCAAGAUUUCCUUUCCGGUGUUCAGUAAGUUAACGGCUAAUACGAGGCUCUGAUUGGACCGGGCCGAAAAGGAUUAGUUUUGCGGGGUGCAUUGGUGUCUGUCUACUGAGAGGGUAUGACGUGAAGUCAGUAGGAAUGAUUUGAGCCCAGUCCUUCCAAAGGGAAACAAUGGAGAAGAAAGGCGCCUCAAUUGGCCCAGUUUAUCUUAUGCGAAAAUUGCGUAAUAUCACGAGGCAGAGAUGGAGACAGAAAAUGGUUGGAUCCGU